AUGAGAAGAAAUGCCAAGAAAAGCGACUUAGAAUACCAGUUUCGGUCGCAACAGAGUAAUGCCCAUGAAAACGAACGGAGAGAGGUUGAUGGACCAGAAUUAUCGAGGAAAAACUUGCAGAGGGAACUCUCGGAAAAUUCUGCCAAUCCUGCUGGGUCUCACAGCGUCGUUCGUGAUACCUCUGAGGGUGACCAAUCAACUGCAGAAGUAAAUCUCAUCUACAGUACUACUCACGAGGAGGACAUCAGUGAACCUCUUAUUGAUUAUGAAGAAAAGCGAAACCCACUCCAUCAGAGAAGUGGUGUUACCAGUAACUCGAGACUUGAAGUGCUGCGCAAAUCUAAAGAGAAAACCGAGGAAAGCAUGGCUCUUUUGUGA